AUGAGGAAGCAUGGGUGGCAACUUCCCUACCAUCCUCUUCAGGUGGUGGCUGUUUCUGUGUUUGUGGCACUGGGAUUUGGUUUCUAUGUGUUCUUUGCCCCUUUUGUGGGGAAAAAGAUGUACCAGUAUAUUGUGAUGGGGAUCUACACUCCUCUUAUUAUAUGUGCAUUCGGCCUGUAUAUUUGGUGUGCUGGUGCUGAUCCAGCAGAUGCAGGAGUUUUCAAGUCUAAGAAGUAUCGUAAAACCACAGACAUCAAAAGGGAUAUCAGAAAAGAAGGAUCUAAACUAUCGACACCUUCAAUAAAAGAUGCAAAUGCACCAAGUAAAGACAGGAAGAGUACGGACUCAAGAACAAAAGAUUACACGUCUGAAACUGAAAAAGACUCGAAACCAUCGUCAUGUUUUAUGCCCGUUUUGGCUCUGGUUCCUUGUGCUCUCAUGUGCCACUGCUCGAGUCCAGACGAUGAGUCUUCUGAACUCCAGACAAGUGAAGAUGGCAUGUUUUACUGCAGUCUCUGUGAAGUUGAGGUUUUCAAGUACAGCAAGCACUGUAGGGUCUGCGAUAAAUGUGUUGAUCGGUUUGAUCACCAUUGCAGGUGGCUCAAUAACUGCAUUGGCAAAAGGAAUUAUACAAAGUUCUUUGCCCUUAUGGUCUCUGCUCUUUUUCUGCUUGUACUUCAAUGGUCAACUGGAAUCGUUGUAUUGAUAAGUUGUAUCCUCGACCACAAAAGAUUCAGCAUAGAAAUAGCUGCCAAGUUAGGGAGCAGUUUCACGUUAGCGCCUUAUGUAGCAGUCGUGGCAGUGUGCACUAUUUUGGCAAUGAUCGCAACGCUGCCACUCAUUCAGCUCUUCUUCUUUCACAUUCUUCUAAUAAGGAAGGGAAUUAGCACAUACGAUUAUAUCAUAGCGUUGAGGGAGCAAGAGCAUCAAGGAUUUGGAGGGCCACAAAGCCCUCAAAUGUCACCAGCUAGCUCGCUCACCGGUUUGAGCAGCGUCAGCUCCUUCAAUACUUUCCGUCAAGGAGCUUGGUGUACGCCUCCACGGCUGUUUGUUGAAGAUCAGUAUGAUGUAGUUCCACCAGAGACCAGCUCUGUUAGCUCGCUAGGGAAAAAGACUCUGGAUGAUCCCAUCAAGAAAAAGAACCCCACGGCUGUGAAGAUCAGCCCAUGGACCUUGGCUCGUUUAAAUGCCGAUGAGGUCUCCAAAGCGGCUGCAGAGGCACGAAAGAAGUCCAAGAUCCUGCAGCCAGUGUCAAGAAAGGAAGCCGGACAAAUGGGCUCCAACAGGAUCGACAGUGAUAGAAGCUUUGGGAGAAGCGACCGCCAAAUGUCCUCAAGGUUCGACAAUAACCAAAGGGUCGGAAGCCAGUGGCUCGGUGUUCCAGAUAGCAAAAAUUCGAACAACAUUGGAACACGUUUGGUGCCUCUGCAGCUUGAAGCUCGUAGUGUAUUCAGGACCAUGUCAAACUCGACUGGCAUUGUGGGUUCUUCCCCAGAUAGUAGCUUAGACUCCCCUGAUGAUCACCCGUUUAUGGGUUCUUCAGGAGCAGAUGAGACUGGGAUGCCUACAGAUCUAACGGUCUCUGGUUCACUUAAGCAGGCACUCACAAGAUCGAUGAGUGAUGGAUAUGAUGCAUCUGGUGGGGAAGAUAGCGACAGGGUCCCAUCACGGUUGGUGCAUAGAUCUGGAAACUCGAGUGCACGACUCUUUGAGGCUGAUCAGGAUGACAGAAUAGCUAGACUGAAAAUGCCUUCAUCCUCAAAAUUUAGCUACCCAAAUGAAAGAAAGAUUUGAAUCAAGUUCCUUUUUUAUUUCUUGGGUUCUCCAUAUUUCCCCAUUUCAUUACCCGGGAGUGGAGGACAAAUUGACUCAUCUAAAGGAAAGAUCGGAUUCUUAAACC